CUGCCUCGUAUACCGGCUACUUACUACCUGGCAAGCCCCUCCCCGCACACUGCCGACCUAAUCCCCACGGUCACGCUGCCACAAUGGGCGCGUCCAUAUCCAAGGCCAUGGCCAAGAUCUUCGGAUCAAAGGAGAUGCGGCUGCUGAUGCUGGGCCUCGACGCCGCUGGAAAGACGACCAUCCUUUACAAGCUCAAGCUUGACCAAGAUGUCACCACUAUCCCCACCGUCGGCUUCAAUGUCGAGACCGUCACAUAUAAGAACACCAAGUUCAACGUCUGGGACGUCGGCGGCCAAGACAAGAUCCGCCCGCUGUGGAGGCAUUACUUCUCUGGAACCCAGGGACUCAUCUUCGUCAUCGACUCCAACGACCGCGCCCGUAUCGAGGAGGCAAAGACCGAACUCACCCGCAUCAUCCAGGACAGGGAAAUGAAGGACGCGCUGUUGCUGGUAUUCGCCAACAAGCAGGACUUGAGCGGAGCGAUGCGACCAAAGGAAGUAUCCGAUCUGCUACAAUUAGACAAGAUUGCCAAAGACCACGUAUGGAAAGUCGAGCCCAGCUGCGCAACAACAGGCGAGGGUAUUUUCGAGGGACUGGCAUGGCUCUCCAACAACGUAAAGCUGCCACCGGGCGCCAAGUAGACGAUUUGGCCAGCAUCAUUCCUCCCCCAUACAUUCUGAUUGUUGUACGACUGCAUGCGCUCCUCUACUUGCUCUGCCUCUUCCUGCAUAUACCCGGUUUUUUCCUUUCUUUAUCGCACUCUAUCGCCUUGUAAUCUUCUAAUCCAUGGCUACUUCAUAUAUAAAGGGUGGUCAGGUCUACUGGGGGCUCUUUUUUCUCUCUCUCUAUCACUGCCCCUAU